AUGCAAUGCAAGCCCUGCACCCGCUGCUUCAAGCAGAACGCCCCUGUUUUCGAGCCGAAGAAGUCAAGCACCUACAAACCGAUCAGCAAAAAACACCCCCUCUCCAAAAGCUUCGAUUGCUCAUUAUUCGGAAGCGGCUGCAGCUACUCCAUCAACUACCACAGCGGCCAGUUCUCCAAGGGUCCGGUCGCCACCGAAACAUUCACGUUCGACACUAGCCUGAGAAGUCCCGCAGCCGUAACAAACCUCGUAUUCGGCUGCGGGACUUCCAACGGCGGGAAAUUCCAGCCGCAGGUCACCGGAAUACUCGGGAUGGACAGAAGGCCGACGUCGCUGCCCCAGCAGCUCGGCGCGUCGAUCAAGUACCGAUUCUCGUACUGCCUCUCCCCGACCACGGCCUCGUACGUCAGGUUCGGCGACGAGGCCGUGAUUCGCGGGAGGAACGGGCAGAGGACGCUGAUUAUCGAGAUGAGAAACAAACGGAGCGCGGUUAACUACGCCCUCCCGUUGAUGGAUCUCAGCAUCGACGGGAGGAGGCUCGGGGCGAGAUUCCCCGAGGGAAUCUACAUAGAUUCCGGAUCUUCAUUAAGCCUUUUAGAAACAAGUGUGUUUGUUGCUGUGAAAAAUUAUCUUGUUAGUUAUUUUGCGAGGUUUCGGGAUGUGGAGAGCUCCACUCGCUACUCACUUAUACCUGCACACUCAAGAAAUAAGUUAGCGAUACUAAGAGAGAUCCUCUCGGAUCUAAACACAAGAACUCAACUAAGAACAGAGAGUAAGAACAAGAGAUCCAAGAAACUUGGCUCAGAACCCGCCGCAAUCAACACCGAUCUAUUCUUCCAGAACUAG